AUGGACUUGCCUAUCGAACCCAUGCUGUCGGACGCACCGAGUGAAGAGCUGGACCUCUUGGAGCCCAUCGUGCCUGCGACCGAGGAGCCAAGCGAAGGCCAUGUCUUGGCCGACGUUGCAGCAGAAGCAGCAGCGGCGGUGCCAGAGCCGCUUGAAGCGCCGCCAGGGUGUCCUGAAAUGGACGAGUUUACCGAAAGCAGCCCUGAGGUUGAUAAGCCUCCUCUUAUGAGAUUGGAUCAGCUGAAGCUGCGGGCGGAGAUCAAGGGUCGCAACAAGCGGGGGCCAAAGCGCAAGAAGCCUCGCGCGAGCCCGAAGAAACGGAGAAGUGUGCUUCGUGCCGCGAAGAAGAAGAGCGAAGCGGAGAUGGCAGAGCCAGAGGACAACGGUUCUCGACCGGGCGCCAAAGCGAAGUCGAAGCCAAAGGCGUCGGCCGCGGAGCCGAAAGCGAAGCCGAAAGCAAAGGCGACGGCAAAGGCGAAAGCCAAGGCGAAAGCCAAGGCGAAAGCCAAGGCGAAGCCAGAGACCCCGAAAAAGCGAGGUGGGAGAGCAGCAAAUCCGGACGGGAACACAGCAAGCAAGAAGGCGAAGGUGGACGAGAUGGGUUUGCCACGGGUCAAGGGAGCUCACAAGCUCUCGCCGGCGAAGGCGGCUCUUCUGGCGGCGCCGAAGCUUGAUUUGUUCGAGGCCUUGUCCUACUACUUCGAAGCCAAGGAUGUCUCAUGCUUGACAGGCAAGAUCGUGGAUUUCGGUGCGAAAUGGGGAAGCAAAGAUGGGCCAUCCUUCAAGGCUGAGAUGAAGGCCGACCUGGAUUGCAUCGAGACCUGCACGUUUAACAUGUACUGGAAGAAGCCGGCUACAGGUGUUCUCAUCAAGGCCAAGGGCAAGGACAAGGAGCUGGCAGCCUUUUCAGCCCCGAUCUCCCGAUCGGGAUCCCUCUCCUGGGCUACCAAGGUGGCUGUGACGGCGAAGGCCGCAAGCUUGUACGCUUACUACGUGGAGUGGCUGCUGCACGACGGCUACGUGGAGGAAGACUCCCUCGAUUCCUCCAAGGACCUCGACAUCAUGAGAAAUGUGUUGAAGGGUGCCAUGGACAAUGCCUUGAAAAGGCUGGACAAUGGCAAGUAG